AUGCUGCUGGUGGUGACGCUGCUCGCCCUCAUUGGCUGGCUGCUGUGGAAGGACUCCAGAUCUAGAGAGCACUGGCGGCGGCUGGGCCUGGACUGGGAGGAGGCCUGCCCGCUGCACCGCCCCCUGGCUCUGCUGCGCUCCCUGGCCCCGGGACUCCCGCAGGUCUGCCGCCUCUACCGCAGCUCUUCGGCCCCCGUCCUCGGCUUCUUCAAGGGCAGGACCCCGGUCCUCAUGGUCCGCGACCCCGCUCUGGUGGUGGCCAUCAUGCAGGCCGACUUCCAGCACUUCGCCGACAAGAGGCAUCCCAUCCAGCUCGACAAGUCCGAGGAUCCGCUAUCUCAGCAUCUCAUAGGUUUGACUGGUGAGAAAUGGAAAAUGAUCAGAUCCAAACUGACCCCCAUCUUCUCUUCGGGGAAAAUCAAAGAAUCCCUGCCGCUGAUGGAGGAGGCCGUGGACGACAUCCUCCCAGAACUGAAGGCAGAGGAGGUGGACAUCUACCAGCUCGCAGUGACCCUCGUCACCGAUGUGAUUUUAAGCUACGCCUUCGGUCUGAGCAGGCAGGACCCGAACAGAGGGCUGGUGAGGAGGAUGGGGAUGAAGUCCAUCCAGGCCAACUAUCGCAUCGCCCUCAAGCGGGCCAUCAGGUUCUGCUUUCCAAAACUGUUCCGUCUUCUUCGUCUGAGGGCUUUCGAGCCUCAAGUCACUUCAUUCUUCGUGGAGUUCGUCAAACACGCCAUUUGGAAGAUACAGGCUUCCAGCCACAUUGGACGCGCCGACUUCAUCAGUAGGUUAGGAAGUGUUGCUGCCGUUGUUCCCGAGGAGGAGAGAGAUGGGAUGGUUGCAGCACAAGUAUUCAGUUUUUAUGUUGCUGGAUUUGAGACUACAUGUUUUGCACUUUCAACCAGUAUUUACGAACUGUCUAAGAACCCAGAGGUUUUAAUGAAAGCAAGAAAAGAACUCGAUCCAUUGUUGGAAAAGCACGGAUGUUUUAGCUAUGAAGCGCUCCAAGAAGCUACUUACCUAACCCAAAUCAUUCAAGAGAGUAUGAGGAUGUAUCCAGCUGAUUACGCCACUCCCAGAAUAUGUACGAAGCCCUAUCAGAUCCCAGGUACCAACAUCGUCUUGGAAAAAGGUACAGAAGUUUUGAUACCAGGUUUCUGCCUCUCCAGAGACCCUAGGUACCAUGACGAUCCUCUCAAGUUCGACCCCGAAAGGUUCUCCACAGAGAACAAAGUCAACAUCAUUCCUGGAACAUAUCUUCCUUUCGGCGAUGGACCGAGAAAAUGUAUUGCAGUCAGAUUCAGCAUGCUGGAACUAAAGUACGUCUUAGCCCGAGUGAUCUCUGCGUACGACCUGGAAUUGGAUCCGACCACACCCCGAGAGCUCACCUUCGACGAGAACUCGAGGGUGACGCACUACUGUGGAAGGAUUCUGGUCAGGUUCAACAAGAGGAGGAAUCUCUUAUCAGAACUAAUACCAGAGAAUUAG